UUACUAGUAGGAACAUUCAGACGACCUCUUCUCUUGGAGGAACUUUUAGUAGAUCCUUUGAAGAACCUUUGGAAAAACCUUUAGAAGAACCUUUGGAAGAAUUAGACACAUUGGAUAUAGAUUUUGGCGUAGUAGAGUUGGACAUAGAUUUAGAUAUAGAGUUAGGUAUAGAAGAGUUAGACAUGAAGUUAGACAUAGAGUUAGGUGUAGAGUUAGGCGUAGAGUUAAAUGUGGAGUUAGACGUGGAGUUAGAUGUGCCGGAAUUAUUUGUUUUAGG